AUGUCCGAAUACUCGAAGAUGAAGAACGCCGAUCUUGAGGCGCUGCUCAAGACGCGUGGCUUGCCCACUGGGGGCAAGAAAGCGGACAUGGUGGACCGUCUAACCAAGGAUGACGAGAGCAAGAAGGCUGCAGAGGCUAAGGCUGGAAAAGAAGCUCCGGCCACUUCAGCCAAGGUUGCUGUUCUACACCCUGAGGACGAAAUUGAUUGGGAUGAUGACGCUUCUGAUACGGCAGCCGAAUCUGCGAAGCCUGUCAAGCCCACCAUCGCACCGGCCGAGGCAGUAAUUAAAGCUAGCGGCGAAGACCAAGUUCCUAACCCUCAAGCUGUCCCCAGCCAGAAGGCCGACAUCGACCCGUCCAAGACCUCAGAUCUGUCUGUGAAGCUUCCGACAGAAGAGCAGAAGGAUGGGAGUGCUGCACCCGAGGAGAAGGAGAAGGCGCCAGUUGACUAUUCCAAGGGUCUUGCCGCUUCCACUAUCGACGAUGAAAUCGAGAAGCGCAAGGCUCGCGCGAAGCGUUUUGGCAUCAACACCGAGAAUGAUGAGAGCCUCAAGAAGCUGGAGCGGCAGAAGAAGGGGGGGGAUUUCGGACCUCCCAAAGGAUUGGACGAUAGCCUCCCCGAGCGAACCCGCAAGCGUGGACGAGACGACAAUGAUGAAGAUGGAAGGAACAAGCGUCGUGGAGGAGGACGGCUUACCGCUCGCCGAGGGCGUGGUAACAGGGAUGGUGGUAACAGGGACGGUGAUCGGAGGCGGGACAACCGCAAUGAAGACAGGGGCAAACCAAGCAUCGAUGGCGCAAACUGGAUGAGGGAUGAAGACCGGGCCAAGAUGGAAGCAAGGAAGAAGAGGUUUGCUGCAGCAUCGACUUGA